UCCGAGUGGCGCAUGCUGGGAUUUGUGGUUUUGCGCUGUGUUGCUACCGUGUUCCCUGCAACGUCCGCGAGUCAAGCCUCGCCCUGCAGGAGUGACGAAUGGCCUGACCUAUGGGAGCAGCGUCUGGGCUUGAGGGGGCGGGUUCUCUGCGGAAGGAUUGAAGGUGGCGGUGGCGAAGGCGCAGGCCGUUGGGGCAGCUCAGAGCAGGUGACUAUGAAGGGCUUAUAUUUUCAACAGAACUCCACAAAUGAAGAAAUAACAUUUGUAUUUCAAGAAAGGGAAAAUCUUCCUGUUACAGAAGAUAACUUUGUAAAAGUUCAAGUUAAAGCGUGUGCACUGAGCCAGAUAAAUACAAAGCUUCUGGCAGAAAUGAAGAUGGAGAAGGACUUCUUCCCUGCUGGAAGAGAAAUUGCUGGAAUUGUUUUAGAUGUUGGAAGCAAAGUAUCAUUCUUUCAACCAGAUGAUGAAGUAGUUGGAAUUUUGCCCCUGGAUUCUGAAGACCCUGGACUUUGUGAAGUUGUUAGAGUACAUGAGCAUUACCUGGUUCAUAAACCAGAAAAGGUCACAUGGACAGAAGCAGCUGGGACCAUUCGGGAUGGAGUACGAUGCUAUACAGCUCUGCAUUAUCUUUCUCAUCUCUCUCCUGGAAAAUCGGUGCUGAUAAUGGAUGGAGCGAGUGCCUUUGGCACAAUAGCUAUUCAGUUAGCUCACCAUCGAGGAGCCAAAGUGAUUUCAACAGCUCACAGCCUGGAAGACAAGCAGUGCCUUGAGAGACUCAGGCCUCCUGUAGCCCGAAUAAUUGAUGUAUCCAAUGGGAAAGUCCAUGUUGCUGAAAGCUGUUUGGAAGAAACAGGUGGCCUAGGAGUCGAUAUUGUCCUAGAUGCUGGAGUGAGAUUAUAUAGUAAAGAUGAUGAACCAGCUGUAAAAUUACAACUCCUGCCACAUAAACAUGAUAUCAUCACACUUCUUGGUGUUGGAGGCCAUUGGGUAACAACAGAAGAAAACCUGCAGUUGGAUCCUCCAGAUAGCCAUUGCCUUUUCCUCAAGGGAGCAACGGUGGCUUUCCUGAAUGAUGAAAUUUGGAAUUUGUCAAAUGUACAACAGGGAAAGUAUCUUUCUACGUAUCUUAAAAGAUGUGAUGGAGAAGUUAUCAGCUGGUGUUUUCAGACCUCAGCUGGAUGAACCCAUUCCACUAUAUGAGGCAAAAGUUUCCAUGGAAGUUGUUCAGAAAAAUCAAGCAAGAAAAAAGCAAGUUGUUCAAUUUUAAUUUUCUUUUCUCAGACCUCAGUUGGAUGAUCCCAUUCCAGUCUUCUUUGGAAAAUGUUGCGAAAAAUUAAGGAAGAUAAAGCAAGUUGGUCUGUUUUUAAGCAUGUUUUCCUACAAGACAAGAUGCUCACUUACUUGAAAAGUUAUCAUGCAAUCAAGAUAAUUCUGUAAUUAACAUCUGAAAGGAAAAAAGCCUUCUUAGUUACUGUUUCUAUAUAUUUUGCCUCUGCUAUAAAGUUCUUUCCAUGAAGAAAAAUGUUGCUUUCAGCAGAAGCCACACUACUCCACAUUACCCUAUUGAUAAAGUUGUUACAGACCUUUGCUAUACCUGUCAAAAUAAGGUUAUGUUCUAUGAAA